CAGAUAAAUUGAAGAAAACAAGAAAAAUAAAAAAAAGAAAGAAAUUAAGGAAAAAAAAAUAGAGAAAAACCACAAAAUAAAUUAAAAAAUAUAUAGAAAAAAUAAAUAAAUAAAAAAAAAAGUCCUUAAGGAUGUCUCGUAGGACCUUACUGAAUCAACAACAACAACAACAAACAACAACAACAGGAAGAGGAAAGACACGAAGGACUCCAGGCACAAAGGAUGUCGCCCCCCACCCCCCCUGUGAUAUCCUACCUGCUCCCCCUCCUGCUGGCCGCCCCCCUCCUGCUUCCUGCCGCGUCAGCUCUAGCCAAACACAGAGGUGUGUGGCUGCGCGUGGAGGCUGUGGCGGGGCGCGAGGCAGUGUUACCAUGUGAAGUGGGGAACCUUGACCACUCAGACAUGGUGUUCGUGGUGCUCUGGUACAAGGAUGGUGACAAGGAGCCCAUGUACAGCUACGACAACCGGCCUGGGCGCCUGGUGGGUCCUGAGCAGCGGCACACACUGCGGAGUCGCCUUCUGGAGGGCCGCGCCACGUUCCGGCCCGGCCAGCUGCCCGCCCUGCACAUCCGCCCCGUGCUGCGCCAAGACCAGGCCAACUACACCUGCCGCGUAGACUUCCGCAUAGCCUCCACCAGACGCACAUACCUGAGUCUCUGGGUGGUGGAGCCCCCCGGGACACCUCAGCUGAGUGUGGGGGGGCGGCGCCUGGCGGGGGUGGCGCUCCAACCCCUUCAGGAGAGCACACCCCUUGUCCUCACUUGCUCCGUGGAGGGGGGCGUGCCUCCCCCUACUGUUGUGUGGACCAGGGACGGCCAGGUACUAGACAAGGAGGUGGAGUCCCGGGAAGGCGGCGUGACAAUUAACCAGCUGAGUCUCGGUGCCCUUUCUCGAGAUUUCCACAGCAGUCGACUGGCGUGUGUGGCGGACAACAACAACGUCACCUCGCCAGCCACCACCGCGCUCACAGUCGAAAUGAACCUACGCCCCCUGGUGACCCGCCUGGAGCACCCCCCGAGGUCCCUAAGGGUGGGCAGGGAGUACCAGAUCUUGUGCGUGACGGCAGGCUCGCGUCCUCACCCCAACAUAACGUGGACACUUGGCAAUGUGGCCUCGCUUUCCCCUCUUUUGGCUGAGACCCAGCACGGCGUGAACGUAAGCUCUUCCCGUGUGUCUGUGCGCGCGUCACGGCGGCACCACGGGCAGCGACUGUCCUGCACGGCGCUCAACCCGCUCUUCCCUGACCAUCCCCUGGCCGAUUCCCUGCUGCUCAAUGUUACCUACCCUCCCGUGGCGUCGCUGGAGUUGGGUGGGCGAGCAUCCUCCGUCGUGGUUCAGGAGGGAGAAGACGUCACUUUUACCUGUAACGUAGACGCCAACCCGCCCUCCUAUAAGACAACCUGGUUCCUGGCGGACCAGCCAUUACAGGAAAGAGCAGGUGUGGAGAUGAGCGUGACACACCUGUCCCUCAGCGGCGUUACAAGACUUCAGGCGGGCCCGUACACCUGCUCUGCGUCCAAUGUUGAGGGUGACGCCAGGAGUGCCCCUCUCAACCUCACCGUUAAUUACGCCCCAGUAUGUGACGAUCCAGCCCCGGGGGAGGCGAGGAAGGUGUACGCGAGGGGAGUGGGUCGUCCUGUCAACGUGUCGUGUGGGGUGCUCGCCUCUCCGCCCUUCAUUAGGUUCUCUUGGGUGUUCAAUAACUCUGUGUCUUCUGAGCGCCUUGCCGGGGACCAGGUGCACACUACGGCAGAUGGCAGGAGUGUGGCGCAGUUCCGGCCCAAGCUGAACCAAGACGUAGGCACCUUGCAGUGUUGGGCGCAGAACUCAGUGGGGAGAAUGGUGCAGCCUUGUAUAUUCCAGGUGGUGCCCGCAGGUCGUCCGGAGCGCCCCUCGUCCUGCGCUGUGGUGAACAAGACCUAUGACUCUCUGGCAGUGGCGUGCGAGGCGGGCUUUGACGGAGGCCUCCCCCAGACAUUCUCCGCCAGGGUGUUUGAGAGCGUGACAGGGCUUGGACAGGUAAACGUGACAUCAAACCUGCCUAAUUUUACCUUUGCUGGCCUCACACCUGGCUUGGAUUAUCUCAUCGACGUGUUGGCUUCUAAUGAACUCGGCUCCUCACCUUCCGUCACUCUCGAAGCCUUCACGUACAAGAUGGCGGAGAAUAGAAUGCGUAACGAGAAAGUGGAGGAGGUGACGAGCCCAGAGACGGAAGAGAAACGAGGUAGCAGUGGCAGUGGAACGCUCCUAACUCAAGUGGUUCUGGUGGCUGGCGCUGCUACGGUGGUGGUGGCGGUGUUAGGAUCAGUGACAGCUGUGGUGCGGUGCCUCCUACGCCGACACCACCACCACCACCACCAUCACCACCACCACCACCAGCCUGACCUUACCACUACUGCUGCUACUGCUACUACUACUACUGCUGCUACUACUACUGCGUGUCUUCCAUCUUAUUCCGUGGGGCAGAAAGGGUUACUAGAUUCGUGUGGUAGUAUUGCUGGUCACCAGGUAGGCGCCCCCCACACAGAGGUAUCCCUGGAACUGUCUGAUUUAAUGAUAGGGGGGGCGUGUACCCCUCCUGGGCCCCUUAUGCCGCCCGUGCCGCCCCCCGCUGGCUCAAGAAAGUGACAGUUCGCUACAUACUGCCGGGGAGCGUGCGACCCCCUCGGCCCACAGGUCAUCCAUAGCCAUCUUAUUAGGGCGCCCGUUCCCCCUCCGCCCCCCUUGCCCCCCGAAAUGUCGUGAGACACAGCACACAGGGGACCCACAUUCCACCCUGAUGAAGCCCACGUCUUGUUUACUAAGGGCACUAUCAUAUGUUGACCUGCCGCCACCACCACCACCACCACCACCACCACCGUCACGUGACCUCCUGACCUAAGUUGACCUGAGAUUAUUUGAGGUGACCUAGCUGGCUCCUGAUGUGACAUCAAGAAGGGAGAACAGGUGUGUGUGUGUGUGUGUGUGUGUGUGUGUGUGUGUGUGUGUGUGUGUGUGUGUGUGUGUGUGUGUGUGUGUGUGUGUGUCUUAACUCCCACAUCUGUCCUACUUCUCUUGCAUGACAGGUGAGAGAGAGAGAGAGAGAGAGAGAGAGAGAGAGAGAGAGAGAGAGAGAGAGAGAGAGAGAGAGAGAGAGAGAGA